CAGAGCAGGUCGCGCUCUGUCGUUUUACGUUGACUGACAGGUCCUUCCUUACGCCUUCCGUCAGAAGUCUCUCUUUGACACACUCAUUUCAGUCCUUUGCACUUGUUCGCUAUUAUUCCUGAGCAUUGUUGUUGUCAACUAUCAGUGGCUCGCGAAUGUCACGAUAGUUGUACGUCACAAUGGCUUCUACACUCUCGUUACGCUAUCUAUUAGCAUUACUCUUGACCCUAUCUGUCGUUUCUUUUGUUUCUUCUCAGCAAGGGGCUACCUGCGAUGAAGAAAAUCCGUGCAAGGUCGGAUGCUGCUCCAAAUCAGGCAGUUGUGGGUUUGGAGAUGAUUGGUGCGCGCCAAACAACUGUAUCGGCACUUGCAACGCCACCGCCGAAUGUGGCCAGUGGGCAGACCCGAAAGGCAAGGAGUGCCCAUUGAAGGUCUGCUGUAGUCGCUGGGGCUUCUGCGGGACAACUGACGAAUUCUGUGCAACAUCAUCAAACAAGAACGAAAGCUGCCAGAGCAACUGUGAGACUCCAGAGCGCAAGAAAUGUGCUUCGUCGUGGAGGAAAAGACGAAUUGCCUACUACGAAUCAUGGGCCGACACCAGGGACUGCGACUCUUUUCGGCCAGAAGAUAUCCCUGUUCAUGCGCUAACUCACAUCAACAUCGCUUUUGGCGGCAUCAGCAGCGACUUUAAAGUCACAAUUGACAGCUCGGGGAUCAUUUCUCGGGUCGUUAAAUUGAAGCGUCAGAACCCAGCGCUCCAAGUUAUUCUCUCCAUCGGCGGUUGGACAUUCACGGAUCCUGGCCCUACACGAGACGCCUGGACGAACAUGGCUGCCAGUUCUUCGUCCCGAGAAACCUUUGCCAAGAGUGUGGUAGAAACUCUGGAGAAAUACGCAUUAGACGGCAUUGACCUGGAUUGGGAGUAUCCGGAAGCGGAUGACCGUGGGGGCAAUAAGGCGGACUACGACAAUUAUGUCUACCUUCUGCGCGCCAUCAAAUCCCAAUUCGACGACCACAAUCCUUCCUGGACACUCUCCGUCGCAAUACCAGCUAGCUACUGGUAUCUGCAGCACUUUGAUGUGAACAGUAUGCAGAGAGAAGUAGAUUGGUUCAAUAUGAUGACAUACGAUCAGCGCGGAAAAUGGGAUCAGAACAAUCCAUGGACAGGGCCAUAUGUCUUCGGUCAUACCAAUGUUACUGAAAUCGAAGUUGGUCUCGAUCUACUCCGCCGCAAUGAUGUCGACUUGUCCAAGGUCAACUUGGGGACCGGGUUUUACGGCCGCACCUUCACCCUGGCUGACCCUAAAUGCAAUGAGCCUGGGUGUGUCUUCGCGGAUGCCGGCGAAGCGGGCGAGUGUUCCGGUGAACGGGGUAUUCUUUCCUUCAAGGAGAUCAUGGCAAGAUCCAACCGUCUGAACGAGAAAAAGAUUGUGUACGAAAACUCCACUGGAGUGACGUACAUGGUGUACGAUGAUACGCAGUGGAUCACAUAUGACGACGCCAAAAGUUUCGCCAAGAAGCGAGAGCUUCUUGACAGCGAGUGCUUGGGUGGUGUCAUGAUAUGGGCCAUUGAUCAAGAUACACCAGACUUCCAGGCACUCUCAGGGCUCCUUGGAGACGAGUUCGUGACUGGGGCUCUGAUAGAGGGAGGAACACUUUCCGACGAAGAGAAGGAUGCCCUUGCGAAAGAGUUGGGUGGACUUACUGGUGACGGCUGCUACGUCACGAUGGGUUGCUCUGGCCCGGGCAGCAGCGGCAAGUUCAACACCUGCGCAAAAGGCGACAUCCCCAUCGAGCGUUUGCAUGCUCCUGGCGGAGCGGCCGGAAAUGUCUACUCAACCGGAAAUUUGGCGCAGGAGAUUGAGACAUGUGCGAAAGGGCAGUGGAAAACAGUGUGCUGUUCGCCUAAGAGCCCAGCGGUCAACUGCAAGUGGGUUGGAGCUCCCGAACGCAGUUCGUUCUACUGCGAUGGGGGUUUCGAAGAGAAAACUUGCGGAGACGGCCGUUACGAAUUGGUCACGGAUCAGUACACUACCUACGAGGGUGGUGCGAAGUGUGCCAGCGGAGCGCGAUCAUUAUGCUGCGACGCGGCCCCCGAGCUUCAGCAAUGUCAUUGGUCCGACUGCCAGUCUGAGUUGAAGUGUCCCUCAGGCGGUCCCCUCACCUACCGAGGGAACGAGGCCGGGGGCAAGCCAUGUCCCAAAGGCCAGUAUCAGUCUUACUGUUGUCCAAUCGCGGGCAUAUAUCAAGACUGUCAAUGGAAACCGAACGUACAGAAACCGGAGACGAAGAAUGGCCAGACGACGUACUUUCAAUCGACCAUGCAGCAAUGUAUGGACACGAAGUGCGGCAAAGGCCAGGUUACCAUCGCGAAAGCAACACUCCCAGAGAGGCCAGCUGGCCUACCGGCACCUUGUGGGUCGUACAAUCCAGGAAUAGACCAUCUCUUUUGCUGCGAUCCUCUGCGAAACGUCUCACUUCCAUUUGACCUCAAAAAGAUCUUUCCGAACCCUCAUGGGUUCGACGUCGUAUACGAAUACAAGGACAACUAUGGCAACAAUGACCACGACCCGCACGGUCCGGACGAAACCGACGUCGGCGACGAUCCCUAUGGUUUCGUUCUUCUCGACGGGGACGAGGGUGCCUUGCAGGGCAACUUUCCCCGAGACUACGUUUUUGUCCAUGAAGAAGACGGAACUGGAAAUCCGAUCAAGAGGCGUGAGACCCUCACCCGGGACAAUCCAGAUCUCAUGGAUUGGACUUUCGAACACGAAGAAGGCACUCAUCUUGUCUAUUGCCGAUCAGGCCGCGAAGAGCACUGUGAAAAGAUCUUCAUGGACAACGCGCACGAUACCAUCAUCGCUCUGCCCCGACACAUUGGAUCAGGUCCGUUCGCACGGGUUGUUUCCAUGGAGCCGGUCGAUGAGACACAUUUGCCAGAGUAUCACCUGCGAAAACGCUCAGAAGCGGGCCAUACCUCAAAGGUCUACAAGCUUGUCUUCGAUUAUCACUUCGAAAACAUCCGGCGUGAGGACCAGACCGUUAACAUCCGAAUCGAUUACACCAACUUGGUCCCUUACUGGGACGAUAUGACUGGCUCUGAGUCUCCCAAAGGGGCUACCAAACGCUCGCGCCAUGAAAAACGUUUCUGGGGGGAGCUCACUGAAUGGCUCAAACAGCUCAACAAAGUCCAGACAUCCGACGAAGGAAAGCUGCCUAUGUCACUGCACAAGCGGAUGCUCCUGUACCGCAAGCGGGCACAGUGCGCAAGAGGCAACACUGUCUUGAAAGCUGGCUUGGAUGUCACACUCGAUACGAAGUUCGACAUGAAUGCGCGAUGGGCAUAUUAUGCACAAGGCACCAUUGUACCGUUGAACGUAGAGCAAAUCUAUGCGUAUUUUGAGAUGGAGCCAGUAGCUGAAGCAACGCUGGAGGUAGAAGGCAAUGCAGAGAUCGAAUACAGGAUGAAGGAGCGUCUGAAGAUUAUUGAUACGCUGUCAUAUCCGGGUCUCGCUAUCAAAGGCAUCGCUGCUAUUGGGCCAACGUUGGAUGUCUAUGGCGAAAUGCGGGCCAAGGCAACGGUAGCAGGAAAGUUAAAAGCCGGCGCGAAAAUCACGUUCCCGAAAUACGAGAUCUAUUUCCCACAGGUGAAAGAGGCGGAGGCGAGACAAAAGUUUGACAAGCCGGCCGAGAGCGCGGAGCAAGGAUCAAAAGGAACAGACUUUGACCCAAUCCUUGAUGCUUCUGUGCAAGCAUCGGUUGGUCUUGACCUGUUGAUUACCCCAGAGGUCAAUCUGGGAAUCAAGGUCAACACACCCAGCAUCAAAGGUGACAUCGUAAAUGCGCAGAUCGUUGGUUUCAUUAACAACACCUUCCGAUUCGAAGUAACCGGGAAGGCGCAAGGAGGAAUUGGGAACACACCCGCCUUGUCAUACGAUAUCUUCAUCAAGUAUCUCUACAAUUUCGGGAUUGGUGGAAAAGCUACGUUCAAAUGGCUAGGUGAUUAUGCGCUGAAGCCACUCCAAUUGUGGCCCCAGGACAGAGAGAAGAUUCUUUAUGAGCAUCAUGGUCAAGUCUCCCUCGGAAAACGCAACCCCUUCAUCUCCGAUAGCGAGUACAAGGACGAGUUUUCUCCGCUCUACAACUCGACAUACUGGUUCGAUGAAGAUUUUCACAAUACCGGAGGUGCAUUGUCGAGUCUCCAUAGGCGCGAAGAGGGCGAGGAAGCCAGCGCUCUGAACGAAAAGGCCACCAGCUUCUUCACUUGCAACGAUGGUGGUCAAUGCCCGAGCGGGGCUUGUGCUGGCGAUGCAUGUGAAUGGGUCCCUGGCAAAAAGCCUUCGACGUCCAAAACACGCCGAGCUGACGAUGACGGUGAUCCGAUGGAUGUCGAUCCAGUCACGCCCUGCAUCAACAGUAUACCCGCCUUCAUGUACAAUUGCAAGUUCUUCGUUGACGAAGACAUUGGCCAUUGGAAUGGUCCAUUCCCGGGGAUCUGCACAAACAUUAUGAGCUUCUUCUCAUCUCAAGGGCUGGGCUCCGGCCCGUUCACUGCAAGCUUUAGCACUUUUGGUUCCUCUGACGACAGCUCGAACCGGAACAAUGUAUGCGGAUCCAGGUCUUCGCACACUCACACGUAUACGAACGCGAAAGGCGAACAGGUGACCGUUACGGAAACAUGGGCCGACCGAUGCAUAAGAGAAUCAAACGAAUUUGCCAAAGCAACUUCGAGAGACCAAGGCAUACCAGGUAACAAAAAUUGGCUCAGUUGCGACGAAUUCCCUUUCAACUCCAUGAAUGAAGGCGGCAAUUCCAUCACCAAUUCGCGCUCAUGUGUACCUGGAUAUGAGCAAGAAAUCCAAGGAGCUGUCAACAAGCUUCCCACACGCAUAUCACAGACAGUGACUUGGGCAGAUGAGGCAGGAAACCAAAAAUCUGCCCCCAAGCGAUGGGAUCAAGAUUGGGAAGGCUCGAACGCGCUGUAUGGCUCGGGUGGCAGACAAGGAUCGCCCAACAAGAAUUCGGCUUGGAACUGGGCCUACAACAACCGGAAAGAAUUUACUUUCCAUCUGUUCAACUCAGAUUCAGCCACCACACCCCAAGGAGGCGCAUAUCAGAUUUUCAACCACCAGCUCAAGUCCGGAGACAUUACAACUGUGAUUGCUGCCAUCAACACUAUGGACAAUUCGAAAUAUAAGGUCGACGGAAACCAGAAUGCAUAUUGCACGAACGGCUUAAGAACUCCUCAUUACGUUUGGGGAACCGCUAACGGCCGGUUCGUCAAAGCAAAGUUAUGCACUGUUGAGUUUGACAAUGCUGCCGCUGCUUCCAAGAUCAAAAGAGGCGAGCAGCCAACCCAGGAGGAGAUGUUCAAGAUCAAGAGUGUUGAAAUGUCUGAUGAUGCGGAAGAGUUCGAGAUACCACUAGGAGACUUCAGCCAAGAGGCCGGUGCCGCGGCCACGCACAGCGUCGCUGAAGAUGGCAUGAGCACAACGGGCGAGAAGGAACAUCAACAUAACCACUACCACCGGCAUGCACAUCUUCACCGGUCCGGUUGGUCAUGAGUAUGAUUCGCAAAGUUCGGGUGCAAUGGUGUAAACCGCUUGGAGGUCACGACUUGAUGGAGUGAAUUUCGUGUACAUGUGUUAAUUGUCUAGUAAAUCAAUGCUCUGGAAAUCUGAAAGGGGAAUACUGCUCUAGUCUCCAUGAUUUGGAUGACAG